ACGACUGCACAUUGGUUUUUCAAGACGAAGUACAUGCCAAGCAGAUUUCCGAUCGUUAUUUCCGGUGAGAGAGGAAAGAGCGUGUCGCCUGAUCUCGUGAUCACUCACGCCUUCCCUUCCAAUACAAAACCUAUGAAUCCUCAUUCAAUUCCAUCUCAAACCGUUUUCCAUUAGUCUCUUCAUCCUCACUCGUUUCACCUUCUCACCAUAGUUGAAUACACACGCGAAUCCACACCUAUCAAAGACAACUUCUAUUCACGAUGGCGAGCGACGAAAAAUUCAUGAUGACCGUAUACACAGAUACAGGCAUCGAACACCGACUGGUCACCGACGAAGAGGCCGCAAUGCUCAGAAUAAAGUCCAUCACCAUCUCACUCGUCCUCGCAGCAAAGCACAACCUAGGCUACCCGGAAGGCUCGCGACACCCUCACGCCCCAUCAAAUGAAAACGACUUGGAGAAGAUCAAGACUCUAUUCCUAUUCGGUCGCGAUAUGGAUGUCUCAAAGUGGGAUACCAGAGGAGUCGCUUCCCUAAACGCGUUGAGAGAGCAUCUCAAGGCUAUGGUUCCGGGCGAUAAGUUGACUGCGGGAGAGGUAGCUUCUAUGGUCGCUCUUAUGGAAAAGAAGAGCAUGUUGAGGGUUUUGGGUUUGCAGAAGUGGUCGAAGGCUCCUUGUUCGAAUUUAAAAUGCCCGACGCAUGGCAAGGGCAAGAAAUGAGGAUGGAUCUGUAGUUGACGGCUCUAGUGGGUGGGAGUUUGGUACAUGCUCAUAAGACUGGUAUUAGUAAUUCCUGUUUUCGUACUCUCCUAUCCAUGCCUUCGCCAUUAACAAAAGCCCAUCUAGUGGCUUCAAUUAUGACGUUCUUGAGCAAGCACGACAUUUUUCCACGAGUUUAUAAGAAGA